GCUGUGGUUCUCCCAGAGAGUUCAGAGCCGCACAAACUUGUCUCCAACACUUUUUCCACCAGAAAUACAAAGUCUCUGAUGGAAGCAACUGGUUGAAUCAGCAGCAAGGAAGGGGAAGGCAAAGGGCGUUUCCCGACUGCUGGAUCCACCUUGGUCCCACCCAAUCGAUUCCCCCCAGUCCAAGCAACUAGAGAGCCCUGGAUUCGAGGCUGGGCCCGCUUCGGGAGAGGAGCUGCAGCCAGCCGAGGAUGGACAAAGGGAUGAUGAGCAGAUUUCGGAAGGACAAUCCCGAGGCCGGGGUCUGCUCCCUGGCGCUGCCGUCGGACCUGCAGCUGGACCAGAGGAACAAGGAGGCCCUGGAGACGGAGCGAGAGCGGCUGAAGGUGGCCCGGGUGCAGGAGCAGGUCCGGGCCAGGAUGCUCCAGCUGGGCCAGCCCUCGAGGAUCAACGGCGCCCUGCCCGACUCUGCGGACGGCGCCCGAGGUGUCUCCAGGACUCAGUUCCACACCCUGCAGCCCGCCUCGUCGGCCGGCUUCAGCUCGCGCUCCCAGGGCCUGAGCAUGGACAAGAGCUCGACUUUCCGGCCCAUCUCCAAGCCCGCCUUUGGGGCGCCCGCCUGGUCCUCGCGCUCCGCCGUGGACCUGAGCUGCGGCCGGAGAGCCAGCUCGGUGCACAACGGAGGGGGCACCUAUGGGUCCGCGAGCUACCUGGGCGCCCAGCCGGCCGCGCUGCCAGCAGCCCCCAGGCCCGUCUCCUACCACGAGCGCGCGGGCCCCGGCUCCAGGGCCGACUACGACACCCUCAGCCUGCGCUCUCUCCGCCUGGUGCCCGGCGGCCCAGCCGGAGGCCUGGACGACCGCUACAGCGUGGUGUCCGAGCAGCUGGAGCCGCCGGCCGGAGCGGCCUACCGGGCCUUCGCUUACGAGCGCCAGGCGAGCUCCGCCCCCAGCCGGACGGGGGGCCUGGAUUGGGCCGACGCCGCCGCCGACGGGCCCCCGGGCCGGCCCAUCCGCGCCCCGGCUAUGCGGACCCUGCAGCGCUUCCAGAGCAGCCACCGAAGCCGGGGGACGGCGUCAUCCGUGGGAGCCGGCGGGGGGCUGGAGCACGUGGCCCGAGCCCCGUCGGUGCGCAGCCUCAGCCUGGCCGACUCCGGCCACCUGCCGGACGUGCGGGGCCUGGACAGCUAUGGGGGGCACCGGACUCUGCAGCGGCUGAGCAGCGGGUUCGACGACAUCGACCUCCCCUCGGCUGUCAAGUACCUCAUGGCCUCGGACCCCAACCUGCAGGUGCUGGGCGCCGCCUACAUCCAGCACAAGUGCUACAGCGACGCGGCCGCCAAGAAACAGGCCCGCAGCCUCCAGGCCGUGCCCAAGCUGGUGAGGCUCUUCAACCACGCCAACCAGGAGGUGCAGAGGCACGCCACGGGGGCCACUCGGAACCUCAUCUACGAUAACGCCGACAACAAGCUGGCGCUGGUGGAGGAGAACGGCAUCUUCGAGCUCCUGAGGACGCUGCGGGAGCAGGACGACGAGCUGCGCAAGAACGUCACCGGAAUUCUCUGGAACCUGUCAUCCAGCGACCACCUGAAGGACCGCCUGGCCCGAGACACCCUGGAGCAGCUGACGGACCUGGUGCUGAGCCCGCUGUCGGGCAGCGGGGGGCCGCCCCUCAUCCAGCAGAACGCCUCGGAGGCCGAGAUCUUCUACAACGCCACGGGCUUCCUCAGGAACCUGAGCUCCGCCUCGCAGGCCACGCGGCAGAGGAUGCGCGAGUGCCACGGCCUGGUGGAUGCCCUGGUCACCUACAUCCAUCAUGCGCUGGACGUGGGCAAGUGUGAGGACAAGAGCGUGGAGAAUGCUGUGUGUGUACUCCGGAACCUGUCCUACCGCCUCUACGAUGAGAUGCCGCCAUCCGCGCUGCAGAGGCUGGAGGGCCGAGGCCGCGGGGAAGCCGGGGCCGGGAGGCCCGGGGAGGUCGUCGGCUGCUUCACCCCCCAGAGCAGGAAGCUGCGGGAGCUGCCCCUGGCCACGGAUGCUCUGACCUUCGCUGAGGUCUCCAAGGACCCUAAGGGGCUCGAGUGGCUCUGGAGCCCCCAGAUUGUGGGGCUCUACAACCGGCUCCUUCAGCGGUGUGAGCUGAACAGACACACGACUGAGGCUUCGGCCGGAGCCUUGCAGAACAUCACCGCUGGAGACCGGAGGUGGGCAGGUGUGCUGAGCCGCCUAGCCCUGGAGCAGGAGCGCAUCUUGAACCCCUUGUUGGACCGAGUUCGGACAGCCGAUCAUCACCAGCUGCGCUCCCUCACUGGCCUCAUCCGGAACCUGUCACGGAACGCUCGGAACAAGGAUGAGAUGUCCACCAAGGUGGUCAGUCACCUGAUCGAGAAGCUGCCGGGGAGCGUGGGAGAAAAGCCGCCUCCCGCCGACGUGCUGGUCAACAUCAUCGCGGUGCUCAACAACCUGGUGGUGGCCAGCCCCAUCGCGGCCCGGGACCUCCUCUACUUUGAUGGUCUCCGAAAGCUCGUCUACAUCAAGAAGAGGCAGGAUGGGCCCGACAGUGAGAAGGCCUCCCGGGCUGCCUCCAGCCUUCUGGCCAACAUGUGGCAGUACAGCAAACUCCACCGGGAUUUCCGGGCGAAAGGCUAUCGGAAGGAGGAUUUCCUGGGUCCAUAAACAAUCGGAAGACGAAGAGUUCUAUUGGGGGGCAGCGUUAAUGAAUGCCCCCCCCAAGCUGCAAGGGACUAUCUUGGCUUGGCUCUGCCCUUGCCUCGUGGCUCCUGGCCAGGUCUGGCCUCUUGGCCCCUGGCACUGCCAUUUUGGGUGGAGCAUGGAAGCAGGCUGACUGCUUACAGGAUGGGCAGGGGGGGGCAGGCACCAAGAACAGGUCCUGGCUUCAGGGUGAGCCUGGCUAUCGGGACGGGGCAAGAGCCCCUGGCUUCUGGGUGUUGGGAUGCUUGGGAAUCCUUUGGUGUUUCAGGGUCCCCCAGGGCCCCGGCCAGUGCUUGCUAAAGGAAGUGGCUGGAAGCAGCCAGACAAGCACACACACAUCACAGCGGGCUGAAGGGCCGGGGGGGGGGGGGAGCACAAUAAAGGAGGCAUUGCUCUGCUA